GCGAUUUUGCACUAUUGACAAAAAGUUAUGAAAUGUCCGAUGUCGGUGGAUGUGUGCUUGAUGUUCAGCGAAUGAUAUCAUGAAAUUCUGGAACAAAACGGUCCUCCAGAACUAAUUAAUACUUUCCAUUUACUCAAUUAAAUUCAUUAUCCCAAAAUGAGCGAAAUAUUACCCAGUACAAACCAAGACAAUCAAGAAAACUGUAUGACUAGCAUGAUGACGGACGAGGGUUCUCUCGAAAACGUCCCGGAGGAUUCUGCUACCCAGCAGGAUGAUUCUACGGCCAGGUUCCACGUCGACAAGACACUUAUCCCAUCUGCACAAUUAGCCGAGAUGAAGGAAGACAAUGAUCUGGUAGAUCUAGGUCUGACUGUCUUCAAUCAAGAAGAUUUUGAAGAAGGUGUAAUGGCACAGGUUGACAAGGCUUUGGCAAAAGAGGAAGAAGAGCGAAGGAAAUUGAAACUUCAAAAGGAGGAGACAGACAUCAAAUAUGACAUCGCCAAAGUGAAGAAAGAAGUGGAAACUCUGGAGAAAGUUUUAUCAACACUGGGAAAUGCAGCAGGAAAUAGCCAUGUGAGAAAUAGACUGGUAUCAGUGCAAAAUCAGAGAGAAAAUAAGUUAAGUCAGCUGAAAACUUUGUAUGCAAGGCAAAGAGCAUUACAGAUCAAGAUCAGUGGAUCCUCCAACAUUCCACACGAAGAUGUUCUCAAACAAGAUGGCGCUGCUCUGAACAAACUACUUGGACUGAAAUCGACAGCAGAAACCGAGAAAGAGAAGAUGAUAAGACUGGGUCAGAUGACUCCUUUUGGAACAGUUAUUGCCUCAUCACCGGGGAAGGACUUAAAAUCACCAAGGGAUGGUGGGAAUGAGGAUAGAGCAUCCAUGAAAACGUUGUCUUCUCAUAAAGAAUCUGAAGACAGAGCGAGUUCUUCUGGUACCCAGUCAGCAAGAGUCGACAUCAAAGAAUCUGUAUCACAGAGCAAAGAUCAAUCAGAAAACAUCUUCGACUCCAGGGACAAGAAAACUUACCGUAAUGAUGUAGAGGGAGCUUUCUACAAACACAAUUACAGAAGCAAAAGGAGAUAUUCCAGGAUGACAAGGAAUUUCCGUGAGGACUCUGCCCUCAGUGAUGAGGAGAACUGUUACUAUGACGACCCAGAGGGCUACCUGUCAGACGGUGAGGAGUAUCGGCCGGAGGAGGGAGAGUUGCUGAGGGCCAGCUCUGAGGACUCGGGUUUAGAGGAUGCGUGCGAUGCCUCAGUUACAGAUUUAAAGAAACAGAAAAGGAAACCAUCAUUGAAGUCGAAAAAACCUCCUAAAUUUUCUGUGUCAAGUGGGGAUGUGGAUGAUGCCAUGACAAGCAAGAAAAAGAUAAAUCGUAGCAUUGCAGAGAGAAAAGGGAAAGAUGAUGGAGAUGAAGAUUUCUAUCACAGACGUUUAGAGGAAUUUAAUGAGAUGGAGAAGAAGAGACUGAAGAAGGUGGAUACGGGUGAGAUAGAUGAAGAGUUUGAUGAGGAACUAGAUAGAGGUCUGGUAGUUCCCGGCAGAAUCUGGGCCAAGCUGUUCAAUUAUCAAAGAAUUGGUGUGAGUUGGCUGUGGGAGCUGCAUAGUCAGGCGGCAGGGGGGAUAAUUGGAGAUGAGAUGGGACUCGGCAAGACAAUCCAAAUGAUUGCCUUCCUGGCAGCUCUUAGACAAAGCAAAUUAGUCUCCAAGCACACCAAAUAUCGUGGUUUGGGGCCCACCAUCAUCGUGACCCCCACAACAGUGAUGUAUCAGUGGGUUAAAGAGUUCCACAAGUGGUGGCCAUUGUUCAGAGUAGCCAUUCUGCACUCCUCUGGGUCUUUCACUGGUGAUGAGGGAGACUUGGUUUGGAGUAUUGUGAAGGAUAAGGGGGUCCUCAUCACUUCCUUUACAACUUUGGUCCUCCACCAGGACAAGAUCCUCCCCUAUGACUGGCAUUAUGUUGUGCUGGAUGAGGGCCAUAAAAUCAGGAACCCUGAUGCUCAGGUCACCCAGGCCUGUAAACAGUUUCGGACACCACAUCGGAUCAUCUUGUCUGGUUCCCCUAUCCAGAACAAUUUGAAAGAGUUAUGGUCUUUAUUCGACUUUGUGUUUCCAGGGAAACUUGGCACACUGCCAGAUUUCCUGCAGCAUUUCUCUAUUCCAAUAGUCCAAGGAGGGUAUUCUAAUGCCUCAGAAAUGCAGGUGCAGACUGCGUAUAAAUGUGCCUGUGUGCUGAGAGACACAAUCAAUCCCUAUUUAAUCCGGAGGAUGAAAGCAGAUGUUAAGAUUGACCUUCCAAGCAAAAACGAACAAGUGCUGUUCUGUAGAUUAACUGAUGAACAGCGAGAUGUGUACUUCGAAUAUCUACAAUCGCGAGAGUGUCAAGCCAUUUUGUCAGGGAAAUAUCAGAUUUUUGCUGGACUUAUCACUCUGAGAAAGAUCUGCAAUCACCCAGACAUCUGUACCGGAGGACCCAAACUUUACAUCGGUGAGGACACUGGGGGUGAUCCGUCACUGGAGUAUGGUUACUGGAAACGGUCGGGGAAGAUGAUUGUAGUGGAGGCAUUGCUGAAACUGUGGAAACAACAGGGACACCGCGUUCUCCUAUUCAGUCAGAGCAAAGUUAUGCUGGACAUUUUAGAGGCUUUCACACAAAAUCGGGGGUACAGUUACCUUAGAAUGGAUGGAUGUACUCCGAUCUCAUCACGACAAGCCAUGAUAACUACUUAUAAUCAGGACCCUUCCAUCUAUGUUUUCCUGUUGACUACACGAGUGGGAGGGUUGGGCGUAAACUUGACUGGGGCCAACAGAGUGAUCAUCUUUGAUCCUGACUGGAACCCAAGUACAGAUACACAGGCCAGGGAGAGGACGUGGAGAAUCGGUCAAACUAAACAAGUGACCAUCUACCGGCUCCUAACCUCGGGCACCAUAGAAGAAAAGAUUUAUCACAGACAAAUCUUCAAACAGUUCCUGACCAACAGAAUCUUAAAAGACCCAAAGCAGAGAAGAUUCUUUAAAUCCAAUGACCUUUAUGAAUUGUUUGAACUGGGAAGUAAAGACAAUAAGGAAGGAACAGAGACAGGAGCUAUCUUUGCUGGUACAGGGUCAGAGGUCAAGAGAUCAGAGGUCAAAAAUAGAGCCAAUCGAUUUGAUAUUCUUCAAGAGAAGAAAAAAUCUGAAGCAUUGGAAGAGAAAGAGGAGGAGAAUGAUUUUUUUGAGGAGGGUGAGAUCAAAAGAAUGAGAGAGCUUGCCAAAAAACUCAGUGCUAGAUUAAUGAAGUCCAAGUCCUUUGAGAAAGUUUCAAAUGGUGUUAGUACUGUAGUGGACGGUACUGACACUGACAGUCAUCUGGAAACGAAAGAUCCAUCAUUUCUCAAGAGUGAAAGUUCACCAGAAGGAUUAACGGAUUCUAAAGAUUCUGUUCAAACCAAUGUGUUCUCAAGGAAGGACUCUAUGUUACCAUCUACCAGCAGUCAAAGUUGUUCUUCUGUUAUGAAAGAGAAAUCUGAUAAACAUAAUAACUCUCAUGAUCAUCGUAGUAAAUCAAGUGAUAAAACUAAAUCAAGACAUCAUGAGAGCAUAGAAUCAUCCUCAUCCAAACACGAUUCUAGUCACAGACAUUCCCACCACAAGAGUCAUCACAAACACCACAAGAAACAUCGGCACCGGAGCAGGGACACAGAAUUCGAGGGAAAGAAGAUACCCCAUCUCGUGAAGCAAGAUGUUUUCAAUGAGGUGAAGGAAAAGGAGGAGGAAGAAAAGAAAAUCAUGGAUGACUACGUUCUCCACAAACUCUUCAAAAAAGGAAUCGAUACAGCCAUGAAGCAUGACGUGAUUAUGGACCCCUCCAAACACGACUACAUGAUUGUGGAAAAUGAAGCAGCUCGUGUUGCCAAGGAGGCUGUUCAUGCUCUAAAGAGGUCAAGGUCUUUAUGUAACACAGCCAUCACAGGACUUCCAACUUGGACUGGCCAGUCUGGGGUCAAAAAGCCAAGAUUUGGACAGAAGAAAAACAGCAUGUUGGUAGAGCCUUCAAAGAAGCAGAUGAUGCCGUCUGCCUCAGCCUCGUCCUCAAGUAAGAAGUCCGAGUCAGCAGCCUCUGUGUCGGAGACCUCAGUGCAGCACUUCGAUGGUUCUCUGGUCGGCAAUGUGGUGAAAGAUCUAAAGACAGGUCAAACAUCCUCAAAUACCAUGACCUCUGAUCUCUUGUUAACCCAAAUGAAAAAGCGUAAUGAGCUGGUGGCUGGUGGUGAUGAAGAGGAGGAGGACACAGAAGAUAAUGGUACCGUCACGGUGAUCGAUUCAGAUUCAUACAAACUCAUCUCAGAAAUCAAGAACUUCAUUCUGUUUGGAUGUAGCUUGAUUGGAAAGGCUUCCACUCAGGAAAUUCUGGAUGAAUUUGGUUCAAAGCUACCCCCGUCCAAUUCUGCCUUGUUUAAAGCCAUGCUGAACAAAAUAUGUGUGUUUGAAAGACUUAAUGGCAUAGGAUUCUGGAAGCUGAAAAAUGAAUUCCGAUGAAUGCAGGAUUGUGCAUUUCUACAUAUAUAGGUUGAAAUUUUUAUACAAGGAUAAUCAUAUUUCCUUAUCAUAUCUUCAGGGAUUUUUUUACCUCAACAAUUCUUUCAAUACAUUUGCAUUUUAAAGUUGUUUAAACAUCAACUUGUACGUAUGCAUGUCCCUCUGUGCAUUGAAUGAGAAAAUUUAAAUAUUGAUAAUUUGUCUUUGUCUUCCAGUGUUCUGUUCACUUGAUGAUGAUUAAAUAAACAGAUUUUCAGUA